AUGACGAUCUGUACUUAUAACGCGAGUACGCUUGCAUCGGAAGCGGAGAUCAAAGAUCUGAUGGCUCAAGCCAAGAAGAUUAAGUACGACGUCAUCAAACUGACUGAGACGAGGCGACGCCAAAAUCUCGACUAUGCUUUUGCUGAUGUUAUUCAUGAUAAGAACUUCUGCGUGCAAAAGACAGUGAUCCCUGAUUAUCUGAUUGGCGCUGUACAACCAACCCAGCACAGCAACCGUCACAAGAAAGAGACAUCUACUAGAUAUAACUGCACUUUCGCACCACCAUCAGCACGAGAUGAGAGGAGAACGGCUAUUGAGUGA